ACAAAACCAUCAUCAUGUGGAAGCUGACCCGCGACGAGACCAACUACGGGAUCCCGCAGCGCGCCCUGCGCGGCCACUCGCACUUCGUCAGCGACGUCGUCAUCUCCUCCGAUGGGCAGUUCGCCCUCUCGGGCUCCUGGGACGGGACCUUGCGCCUCUGGGACCUCACCACCGGCACCACCACCCGACGCUUCGUGGGUCACACCAAGGACGUCCUGAGCGUCGCCUUUUCCUCCGACAACCGCCAGAUCGUGUCGGGCUCCCGGGAUAAAACCAUCAAACUCUGGAACACGUUGGGCGUCUGCAAAUACACCGUCCAGGACGAGAGUCACUCGGAGUGGGUGUCCUGCGUGCGCUUCUCGCCCAACAGCAGCAACCCCAUCAUCGUCUCCUGCGGCUGGGACAAGCUGGUGAAG